GCCUGUGUGAGACAGAGACCCAGAAGAGGCUCGACACCACUCUGCUCUGACAACGCUGACACAGCUGACCUGAACAGUUUCAUCAGGCUGAAGAUUUGAGAAAAUAUCAGCAUCAUGUCAAAUGAUGUUAACAGGCACAAGGUGUUUCAAACCACCAAAGUGCGGACUUCACUGAAGAAUGAUAGCUGUUGGAUCAAAAAGGCACAAGAGGAAACAGAAGAGCAAUACAAAGCAAGAACGGACCACGGUGUGGAGAUCAAACCCGCUCCGGUCAGACAGAAUUUAUAUGUCCUGUCCACAGCCAAGAAAUUUGAGCCCCAAGCACCCACAGAAGAACUUAUCCAAAAUUGUGUGGCACAACCAGAAAAAUCAGUUACCAACACAUCUGCAGAAAACAAGGAAGAAUAUACUGCAGCAGUUUACCAGUCGAAUGUGCAACACAAUGACGGGGCUGCUGAGGUCUCUGCAGAGGUUCAUUUUGCAGAACGUAUCCAAAAUGGUGAAGCCCAACCAGUUUCUUCACCAAAGGAAAAUCCAGAGCAACCAGCUGCCAACACAACUGCAGAAAACAAAGGAGAACAUGCUGAUGCAACAGUUGAGCAGUCAAACGGAGAACACAAUGAGGCCAAGGUCUCUGCAGAUGCUCAUGUGGAAGAUCCAGUUGCAGAAACCUCUGCUGCGGCUGGCACAGAGGAGAGUAAAGACACGGCUGAAGUCCCUGCUGCGCCUGCAGUCAAACUGAAACCUCAAGAGGAACCUUCAACCAAAACAGAGCCAGCAAAUGCAGUCGUAGAAACAGCUGUUCAACCUGCAGAGGACAGUUGUGAGAAAAGUUCUCCAGAACAGGCUGCAGAAGACAGUGUCGAAGCUGUAGCUGAGGUUGUGGCAAAGUCAUCAUCUGACACGGGUGACGUGGUUAAUGCAACACCUGAAAAAGAGGCUGCUCUCCCAGACAGUGUUGAAGCUACAGCUGAGGUUGUGGUCAAGUCAUCGCCUGAAAUAAGGAACGUGGUUAAUGCAACGCCUGAAAAAGAGGCUGCUCUCCCAGACAGUGUUAAAGCUGUUGAGGUUGUGGCAAAGUCAUCAUCUGACACGGGUGACGUGGUUAAUGCAACACCAGGAAAAGAGGCUGCUCUCCCAGACAGUGGUAAAGCUGUAGCUGAGGUUGUAAUCAAGUCAUCGCCUGAAACAAGUGGCGUGGUUAAUGCAACGCCAGGAAAAGAGGCUGCUCUCCCAGACAGUGGUAAAGCUGUAGCUGAGGUUGUGGUCAAGUCAUCUCCUGAAACAAGUGGCGUGGUUAAUGCAACGCCAGGAAAAGAGGCUGCUCUCCCAGACAGUGGUAAAGCUGUAGCUGAGGUUCUGGUCAAGGCAUUGCCUGAAACAAGUGACGUGGUUAAUGCAACGCCAGGAAAAGAGGCUGCUCUCCCAGACAGUGGUAAAGCUGUAGCUGAGGUUGUAAUCAAGUCAUCGCCUGAAAUAAAUGGCGUGGUUAAUGCAACGCCAGGAAAAGAGGCUGCUCUCCCAGACAGUGGUAAAGAUGUAGCUGAGGUUGUGGUCAAGUCAUUGCCUGAAACAAGUGGCGUGGUUAAUGCAACACCAGGAAAAGAGGCUGCUCUCCCAGACAGUGGUAAAGCUGUAGCUGAGGUUCUGGUCAAGUCAUCGCCUGAAACAAGUGGCGUGGUUAAUGCAACGCCAGGAAAAGAGGCUGCUCUCCCAGACAGUGUUAAAGCUGUAGCUGGGGUUGCUGUGGCACCAGAAAACCCUGAUGUGACAGAUGUAGCAGGAAAAAAGGCUGCUAUCCAACAUCCUGUUGAAGAUGUAGUUAAGGUUGCUGUGGAGUCAUCCCCUGAGACCCCUGCUGUGACUGGUGCAGCAGGAGAAGAGGUCGCUCUCCAAGUCAGUGUGGAACCAGUCCCUGACUUGGUGGCAGCUACUGUGCCUGAAACGCCUACUCAACCUGCUGCUGAAACUGCAGUUAAGUCUGUAGAGCGUAAAGUCGAGUCAGCAGCCUCAGCAGAGCCAGUUUUAAAGACCGGAGCUGAAGAGGUAGUUGAGUUCGAAGUUGCGCCUGUUGUCAACACUGUUGUCGAGCAAAGUGUUGAGCCAACGCCUGAGAGAGAAGCAGAUGGUGUGGUAGAGUUGAACAUCGAGGAUGCUGUUGAAUCUGUCACAGCUUCAGAUGCUGAAGCUGUUCCGGAUAAGUUCUCUUACAUACCCAUUGAACUGUCCGAAGCAUUAGAUGUAGAGCCACCGACAACUGAAACUGCUCCUAAGCCUCUGAAAGAUCCAAAACAAUCCCACACCGAGGAAACCAAGCCGAACCAACACUCUGAGCAUACCAACACAUCUGAUAUGUUUAAAAAGUCCAAGGAGAAGGAACAGUCCACUCAAAAACAGAAUGGGACUAGGAAUACCAAUGUUUGUUCAUUCUGUGACAAAAGAAUUCAUGGAAAUAUCAAGCUCCACCUCAGUGAACCUGUGGUGACCUGCCACCCUGACUGCCUAAAGUGUGGUGUGUGUGCUAAGGUCCUGGGAGAUCUGCUGACCACCAUGUUCUUGCACAACCAAGUGGUCAAAUGUGGUGGGUGCUUUGCAAAAGCUCUUGAGUCUGAAGCUUAACUGGGACAAAUAUGUUGCUGGAGAAGACUUAAAGCCAGUUGGGACUGAGGACCUCACCCCUGUUGCCCUAACUCUGUAUUGUUUUUAAGCCAAUUUUUUACUACUGAAUGCUUCUUUUAGGGCAUAGUGUAACG